CAGGGUGACACUGCCAUGGCCUGGCAUGGAAAACUUCGGCCUGGCCUGCUUUUAUUCCUGUUUUCGUUCGUUGUUAUAUCCGAAGCGACAGCAAAAGCUUUAGAAAUUCGUUACGAGACUGCUUACGCGUGCGAAGGGAAGAUCUUGAAGAUAGAAUGUAAAGAAGGUGAACUGAUCAAGCUGAUUCGAGCGAACUACGGUCGAUUUUCUAUCACUAUCUGCAACGACCAUGGCAACACUGACUGGAGUGUGAAUUGCAUGUCACCAAAAUCUCUUAGAGUUCUUCACAGCAACUGCUCCUUUAAGCAAAAAUGCACAGUUGAUGUCAACAAUGAAUUAUUUGGUGAUCCAUGUCCAGGCACCAGUAAAUACAUUGAAGCACAUUAUGAAUGUGAUAAUGGUGCACACAAAACCAAAACUGCAGUAUACCAGCUAGUACAAGCAUGUUUGGUGACCCUUGCGUUGGGACACACAAAUAUCUUGAAGCUCACUAUCAGUGUAUACCUGCCACAACAACAACAACGACAACUCGUCCAAGCCCCCCGUGGCUAAUCACUUCCCAGCCCCCCAUGUGGAGCACCCCCAGGUCAGCUUCUCAGCCCCAUCCUGCUACACCCGUUGGGGGUAAUCAGGGGCAGCAGUCUGCCAAACAACCUCAUCAACCUGCUAGGCCAGCCUCUUCGUCGCCUCAACCACCCCAGGCUUCUCCAAUACCCGUUCCAGCUGCCACGAAGCCUCCAAGUCCUGUUGAGGCAGAGGAUGAUGUCAGGGAUAUACCGGAGGAGAUUACAACGUUGCCAUUUACCACUGUUGCGUCCAGGGAGGAGAGCAAAUCAGCCUUUGACGGUACGAUAUCCUACACGUCAAUGCCUAGCGUCCAACCUUCAUGGGGAAGGGACUCAAUAGACCUUCCGAACCACUGCGCACCUACGACGGUACGCAGCAUAUACUGGAACUGGACCAAAGCGAACACAAGGGCUACCCAGCCGUGUCCAGGGGGUACAACAGGGUUCGCGAGGUGGCAUUGCCAGAUGGUACCGGGCAGGAGGCCAAGAUGGUAUCCGCCGAAUCCUGAUCUCAGCGAAUGCAGAUCUGUUUGGCUCACCAGCUUGGAGCAGAGGAUUAUUAAUGGGAAGGAUCCGUUGACAUCUAUCACUAGUGAUCUCGCACAGGUUACCAGUAGCAAGAUUCUGUAUGGAGGCGACAUGAUGAUAACUACGAAGAUCAUCCAGAAAAUGACAGAAAAAAUGAACAAAGACAUUCAGACCAUUCCAGAUACGAGGCAAAGGGAGCAAAUCGUAACCGAAAUGUUGAUGGAUGUUGCCAAAACUGGUAGCAACUUGUUGGAUGCUUCACAACAUCCGUCUUGGAAAGAUCUCAACUACAAAGAACAAAUGAGCGUUGCUACCUCGUUGCUUAUUGGUCUCGAGGAAAACGCUUUCCUACUGGCGGAUACUGUUACCAGUAAAAAGACUGUGGAUAGGGAGUUCAAAAAUAUACUUUUAUCAGUUCGCGUCCUGGAUACCAAAUCAUUAACAACAGAAAAAUUCCCAUCCGAAGACUUCAGAUCUGAAUGGAAAGCUAGUAACGAUUCCAUAGAGCUACCCAAAGGUGCUCUACUCGAAAACAGUGAUGGAAACUUAGUGAGAUUAGUGUUCGUAGCAUUUGAUAGACUUGAGGAGAUACUUCAGUGGCAACCGGAUGCAGUGGCAGAUUCUGUCAAUUCCGAAAACGUCACUAAGAUAUUGAAUAGCAAAGUCAUAUCUGCAAGCCUCGGUAAAGGCAGACACAUUCAGCUGAAAGAACCUGUCAAGCUUACAUUGAAACACAUAAAGACUGAAAAUGUUAGUAACCCAACUUGCGUGUUCUGGGACUACACAACAAAUUCGUGGUCUGAAGAAGGAUGCCAUGUUGAGUUGACUUUGUCGAACGUGACUCAUACAGUUUGUUACUGCGACCAUUUGACAAAUUUUGCAGUGCUGAUGGAUGUCCGUGCAAUAUAUCUACCAAUCCCACAUGAAAUUGCACUGCAAAUAAUCACAUACGUUGGAUGUAUCAUAUCGAUUGUAUGUCUAGUAUUAGCGAUCAUCACCUUCCAGUUAUUUCGUGGUCUCAAGAGUGACAGGACGACCAUUCACUGCAAUUUGUGCCUGUGUCUUCUGUUGGCAGAAGUGCUGUUUUUAGUUGGAAUAAACCAAACUGAAAAUCGGAUAGUUUGCGGAGUUAUUGCCGGUUUUCUACACUACUUUUUCCUUUGCGCCUUUGCGUGGAUGUUCUUUGAAGGUUUUCAGUUGUACGUGAUGUUGAUAGAAGUGUUUGAAGCUGAGAAAUCCAGAGUGCGUUGGUACUACUUCUUCGCCUAUAGUCUUCCCUUCCUUAUUGUAUUUAUUUCUGCCACUGUGUACCCUCAAGGUUACGGCACAUCUAGGCAUUGUUGGCUUCAGACUGAUCAUUAUUUCAUCUAUAGUUUCGUAGGACCUGUGCUUGUUGUCAUUUUGUUGAAUUUAGUGUUUUUGACUAUGGCAAUAGUGAUGAUGUGCAGACACGCAAGUAAUUCUGUCUCAAUGAAGAACAAAGAACAUUCCAGACUAGCAAGUAGCAGUGGAAAGGAGGAAAAUGCACUUCAAAUCAAAUUUCAAGCUCACUUGACCUGGUUGAAAGGAGCAUUCGUACUGGUGUUUUUACUUGGUCUAACAUGGACUUUUGGAUUUCUGUAUCUCAUCCAAGAAUCUGUGGCCAUGGCGUAUCUAUUUGCUGCCCUGAAUUCAUUCCAAGGCUUUUUCAUUUUCUUAUUCCACUGCCUCCAGAAUGAAAAGGUACGAAAGGAGUACCGGAAGUUCGUUCGUCGGCAUUCGUGGCUACCGCGGUGCUUGCGCUGCUCGAAACUGAGCGGUGCGAACAGCAGCACCGGUAGUACCGGCAUUGCCAAAGAGAGAAGAACCAGCUUGCACGGCGGAUCUAACGGGAACCCAAGCGGUGGCUCCAACUCGCAUUCGACAGACAAUUCAGUACUGUCACCGCAUGGAACUAGUGUGGGUACCACCAACAGUAUUGUCAUCUCGAAUAACCUUAAUAACGCGAGACCUACUGCGCUAGUCCAGAUUCUGUCUAUCAACAAUGCUAGUACCACCAUGACCAACCAUAACCGACUGCAUAACGUGUCGCAACAAGUUACAGCGAAGUUGGAACUCCCAGAGUUGUACCAGCGUGAAUCGCCCUGUGGCCACGUCUACUUCGGCCAACAUGGCUGCUACGCUGUGUCACCCGGCCCGAACAGCUGUUACAAAUCCCUCUCCUGACGCGGAACCUAAUACCAAUACCUCCACGCUACCUUACAUCCGCAACUUAUCUAAACAUGCUAUUAACAACCCUAAUAUACCUAAAUCGGUGUCCACUUGGGGUCCCUUGCAAAAAUCUUUGCAUUGGAAGAACAUUUCUUUUAAGUCAUGUAGUCGAGACUCGGGACACGGAGGCUCGGAACAGGAAGACUCGCCUCGUUCUCACACAGUGGUAGCUGACCUGAAUCCGCAUAUACCCUGUAAUACCAAAGAUCCGCGCCAGAUGAUACAGGGCGUUGUUCAGGAUUUCGACUUCAACCCCCGGCAAGACACGUCAGUUCAACCUAAACACCUCGCCUUGCCUCAAACUUUGCAUGGUCACAGGAAAAAAAACGGCAAUCUGAUACCAACCCACUGGGGGCAUCACACGUACACCGAGAUAUACGACGCACAAACACCCAGGGGAUUUGUACCUGAAGAUGAUCCUGUAUAUGAAGAGAUAGAUAGGAACGAGAUACAGGUGUCUGAUAUGAGCGAUGAGGAUGGACGAAGGCAGAGCGAUAUGAGUAGACAAUCUAGCAGGUCGUACGGAGACCACAGACCUCUGAUACCGUACAGCCCUGGUACCAACAAGAGUUUUCUAGACACCAUGAGUGGAAAACAUUACGCUAAAGACAUGAAUGCGUCCAUGGACUCUUAUCGACGACGUGCAAUGCCAUACAGGUCGCCAGGCAUGGGAUCUGACGCUACAGUGCGCUCCUUAGCAGCAGUUUUGGACGGGGAGACAGUCGUGUGCCACCUGGAACCACCCAACGAUAGUACCUACGUGUCCCGAACUUUAGUACUUCCCCCUUAUAGUGAAAGUUAGGAACCUGCCAUUGCAAGUGAAUAUCUGUGAUUAUUACAUGAUCAAACUUUUUAAGGUCAUAUUUAAAUUGAUACAACUUAGUAAAGCUCAGCGUGAAUGAAGAAGGAAAGUGAUAAUUUUAUAAUCGACUAUUUUGUAAAACUAUUUUUGUGAAUGAAAUGUGUCUUAUUUGUUGUCCUGACAAAAAUUCCGAAUGGAUUGGAGGGAGUUUUCAUACUGCUACAAAUGAAUACAUGAGGCCUAUCCAAGAACUGAUUUCAGAAAAAGUCCAAAAAAGCUACAUUUCUAAGCUAAGGGAUGACAAGCUCAGCAGAUUUCUUCCUUAAACCAGUUGGUAAGGCGAUUUGAGCCUGGAUAGCUUUGGGCUAUUUCUCACUCAUAUUUUGAAUCAGAAAGAAUUACUAAAAAAAAGUAGAAUUGGUCAAGGAGUUUAGAGCUACAACCAUGUAUUUCUUUACUUCAGAUGAAGUAAAUAUAGCCACUUUUUACAUAGGUUAUAGCUCGAUACUAGAUAUCGAAAAUAUUUUUCACAGUUUUAAUUUCUUACAGUCCAAAUAUGGUUGCCAAUGUUACGUGAUAAUCCUCAUGUACUGUUUUAUCCCGUAAAAUAAAAUCUAUAAAGGAUCUCAGAAAAAAAUUCGUCAUAUAAUGUAUGUUUUAUGGUGUUACUAUUGUACUUAAAAUACAAGUUCAAUAAAUCUUCUAAGCUCGUUACUGAUAGUGCGUAACAGAGCCCGAAGGGUUGGUUUUAGGAUGAAAGAAAGCAAAAAGGCAUCAUCUGUGAAUCAAAAUUGAAGCUCUCCGAAACAGAGUUAUAUCUCCAGCAAGCAAGGGACUACCAGAAACGAGCCGUUUGUCUGUUUCUAUUAAGGAAUCAACUCCUCAUCAUGGGGUUGUCAAUGUGGUGACGAGGAAAAUACCGCUGUCCACAUUUUGGGACGCUGUGACUCCUUAGGGUACUACUUAAAAACCGUGCUUCCCUACCCAACUUCCUCUUGCUUAUUUUUGGGAUGGUUCAACAAGGUGAAAUUCGGGCCGAUACAAUUGUUGCAUGAAUAUUUUAUCGUAAAAGUGGCAAUUGAAAAUUUGAAGAUUGUGGCUGAAAUGAGGCGGCAUGAGAUACUCAUCUUGCAACUCAUGUGCUUCAUAAUCCUAGAACUUGAAAUCACUCAGAAUUUCAGCUUGCUAACUUGACCCGUUCACAUUGUAUGUAGGGAGAGGGGACCUUUUUGAAACGCAGUAUAUGAGGGCGGUCCGAUAAAUACUUAGCCUACAAAAGAAAAACUAAAAAUUUCUCAGCUUUCUCAUGCCCAAUAGUUCAAUGCAUGUUAUGACCAAUGCGGUCUUUGAGAUGCCUACAGUCUCAGCUAUCUCGCGCACCUUCAAUCCUCGGUCUGCCAAUACAAGAUCGUGGAUUUUUGUCACGUUAUCCUCCGUGGUAGCCGUUCUCGGGGCACCUGGGCGUGACUCUUCAAACACCGACGUGUGACCACGUUGAAACUCGUUAAACCAAUUUUUACUCAGCAUCCAAACAGUCUUUGACAAAAUUACGAGUCCGAUUCGGCUGAAAUUUUGAUAGUAGCCGUCUACAAGAAUGUACUAUACGAUAGUAAAUUUCAAAUGCGAUAGUAGCGCCAUCGGACGGUGAGGCUAACUACUUAUCGGACCUCUCUCGUAUACUGUGGUACCGAAAAGGAAGAGAGCCGCAAUUUUUUUCAUUCAACCAAAUCAACGUGUAUCAUUAGCGAGCUGUAAUAUUUGUAUUUUUCUGAAGGUUAUAUCGAUUCUUACAUUUCUGCAAAUACUUUUCGAUAGAACUUCCAGAAAUUGAUGUUGAACUAUCAAAUCAGUGUACUUGAAAACCUCUUCAAUUAUAGUCAUUUUCAUGAGUAUGUAGAUGUGAUUUUUUGUUGGCACAGCCGACUGUAUAUUUUGUAUAUUCCUGGCCAUAAUAAUAGGAAUAACAAUUUGUAAGACAAUCUACUUUAGAAAUUAGACUGUAUUUUCGUAAAUUGAACCAAAAAUUUUAAAUUUGAGUAGAAGUUUUUUUAAAGCUCCGGGAAUUUUUGACAGGCAUUCUUAUUUACCAUGGAUCGAAAUGAAACUUGUACUCUUGUGUACUAUAUUGUAUCACUAUGUGUUCAUCAGUAUGCUCAGACAACCUGCAAUAGUUGAAAAAUCGCAAAAUGGGUCAAUCACUAUCACUACUAAUAGCUUGAUUAAAAAAACACGUUCAUAUUUAUCUACAAUAUUUCCUUUAAAUUCCUUGUCUGAGCUUAUUGGUGACAAACAUAUCUACCACGUGGAAGUAGUUGUACAAUAUUACAUGUCAUGUUCAAUUUUUAUUUCGAAAGACUGUAGGUUGUUAGAUCAUUUGAAAUUUAUUCGACAGCUAUGUAUCAUAACUAGGACAGCUUUUAAAAGUGUUUUAUAGAAAAUCGAAAUUAUUUUUCAUUAAAAACAAAAUAUGAAUCUAGGAAUGACGUGUCGAUAUUACAUUUUGCUUUAAUACUGAAUAUUUGUCCACCUCUGUAUUGAAUAGAAUUUUGUGUAAAAAGAAUUGUUGAAUAGUUUAUCGAAAUGAAACAGUUCAGCGGUUUAGUGAAAAUAUCUACAUUAAAUGUUUGUAAAAAAAAUACUUUCGAGUCAUAAAUUAUUUCGUAUUUUGACCACGGAUUACUGGUCAUUAAAAAUGUUCAUUCCAUAAAGGUGGGUAUUCAUAUUUAUUUUUCUAUGUUUUUAUAUUGCUUUCUGUUUUCAACUUCAUUUAUUGAAAUAGUCAUUAAUGAUCAGUAAUUUGUUAGAUGAUUUCUAAUUUAUUUGUAAUUAUUUGUGUAAAAUUUUAUCAUUUUGUUAGUGCUUUUUGAGUUGUAACUUAGUAAGCACAUAACAUGUACAUAUAGUAAUAAAAUAUAUUAUAA